GAUUACAUUUAUUAAUAUAAACUCAACAAUCAUAGCUACCGCCCCCACCACCAUCACCAGGUCAUCCACAAAAAAAAUAAUGCAGAUUACAGUAUUAACGGUUAGGAUACUAGUGUUGUCGAUAUAUAUGAUGGUAUCAUCAAUGGCUACCACCGAUGAUCACCAAUUGGUUGGUCAGUCGGCAGUCGGCGUCGUCGACGACUACUGUCCAAACAUUAUACUAACAAUUGACAAUUGUAUUGUCCACCGAUGGGACUUAGAAAAUGUUACCGCCGGUGCCAAAAAUCCUGUCGACUAUGUCAAACACUUGUGCUGUGCACUAUUGGAGACUAACUGUGCCCACAAUCUAUUGUCCAAACAAUGUUCAGAUAUUUAUAAUGAAGAUAAGGACGAGUUGGACAUAAAUUUGAAAAAGUGUACAGAAGUCGGUUUCAUUACCAAUGAGACCAACUGUCUAAGUGUCCGACCAAAAGUGGCCGACAAUAUAUAUCAAACAAUUGACAAAUGUCAUACAUAUGUGCCGUGUUUUAAUAUACAGUAAUAUAAAUAUAAAACCUCCUAUACCUCCCUCCU